AUGAAGUUCUGUAAGAAAUACGAGGAGUACAUGCAGGGACAGGAGGAGAAGAAGAAGCUGCCACGUGUCAGUUUCAAGAAGCUCAAGAAAAUCCUCAAGAGAUGCAGAAAACAGACACACUCACAAGCUGCUGCUGUUUUUGAUGGCUGUGUUGGGGGAAAUAAUGGUGAUUUGGUUCCUUGUUUUCAUCAUAAUAAUGUUUCCACUUGUCCAGUCUGCGAUGGCACGUUUUUCCCGUCGCUGCUAGAGGAGAUGUCGGUUGUGGUCGGAUUUUUCAAUCAAAGAGUCCAAAGAUUGCUCGAUUUCCACCUUUCAUCGUGUUUUAGCAAGUUCAUUAUUCGGUUGAAAGACAAAUUACGAGGAAAUCACAUUGCCCCAAUUCAAGAAGGUCGCGACCUCGUUACAUACGCAAUCUUCAAUGCCAUGGCCAUGCGCAAAAUACUAAAGAAAUACGAUAAGAUUCACUACUCUAAGCAAGGCCAAGCUUUCAAGUCGAAGGCCCGACACAUGCAAAUCGAGAUCCUUCAAUCGCCUUGGCUAUGUGAGCUUAUGGCUUUUCACAUAAACUCGAGAACAUCCGAUAAAAAGGUCAAUUCAAGCAGCGAACAAGAAGUACUCUUUGAAGGGUGUUCACUUUUAUUAAACGACGUGAAACCAUCUCUGCAUUGCGAGCUCUUUGACUCGGUCGAGUUAGAUAUCGACUUGACCUGUUCCAUAUGCUUGGAGACAUUAUUUGAUCCAGUUUCACUCACCUGUGGUCAUAUGUUAUGUUACUUGUGUGCAUGCAAAGCUGCUUCAGUUACGAUAGUUGACGGGCUUAAGGCAGCACGGCCCAAUCAGAAAUGCCCAAUAUGUCGAGAGGAACGAGUAUAUGAAAAUGCGGUACAUUUGGAGGAGCUUCAUAUUCUGUUAGGCCAAAGCUGUCCAGAAUACUGGGAAGAGAGGCGAAAGGCCGAAAAGAUUGAGAGAAUUCAGCAGACUAAAGAGCAUUGGGAGUCUCAGUGCCGAUUAUUCUCGGGCAUUUGA